CCAACGUUUUCUCCAAACUAGCAUACAUAAUUGUAUACCUUCAUAAGUGCGAUUCUGCAACUGAUUCGAGUACAGUGUGUGUCUCUGAUGAUCAAGAUGAAGUGCCUUCUGAUAGCUCUUUUUGCCGUGGUGGUCCAGUGCUGCCUGUUUGCUGCAACCGCACACGCCGACAGUGACUGCGAUUCGUGUCUCGAAGCAGCUCUGCGUCCGUUAUAUAGCCAACUGGACGUCUUUCGAGACCAACUGGAUGCGGUCCAUGUCUCCUGUACGAAAGAUGUUUUGGACUGCUCUGAGGUUGGACCCCUUGGGAUGGAAGAUGGCCGCAUCCCGGAUGCAAGCAUCACAGCCUCGACUUUUUUUUAUAACCUAGCUAACUAUGCGCCCCACAGGGCUCGUCUUAACUUUCAAGGCGGCAUAUCCUCUGCCUGGGCAAGUGCUGGAUCUAGUGACCCCAAUCCGUGGAUCCAAGUCGAUUUCGGUACGAGUGUGAUUGUCACUGGUGUCAUCACCCAGGGGCGUGGUGAUUCGCCGUAUGAUAAUCAACUGGUGAGCGAGUUCAAGGUUGCCUAUAGUAACGACGGCCAGGAAUGGACUUACGUCACUGCGGAAGGAGCAACCUCACCGAGAAAGUUCCCUGGAAACUUGGAAGGACACAACUCUCAAGUGACCACCACUUUCCCGAAAGCCUUUCAGGCUAAGUUCCUGCGUAUCCUGCCUACGAAGUGGGGCGCACACUGCAGUAUGCGCUUUGAGGUCCUCGGCUGCGAAAGUCAUGAGUAAUUCCGUCGUUGCUAGCUUGGGAAAACCUAGUUGUAGUACUUGGUUGAAAUUUGACAAACUGGAGCGGGGGAUAUGUAUGUCAUAGAUACGUGGUGUUAAAUUGUAAGAAUGUUUCAGUCAAAACAUAAAAGCACAGGAAUAUUUGCAGUUAUCGAGAAACAUACCCAGCGAUUUAACAAGAAAAUCCUCGCUCAAAAAGGAAGAUAGGUCUGGUAACAAAUUUCCUGCCUGAAAUGGUAUCAUUCGGUAAAAACAAUAAUCGAUAGUGGGCACAAAAAUUGUGUAUUCCUUCCUUUUGUAUCUCAAAAUGUAUAGUGUCCACUGAGCCGAAACUUCAACAAGUCACUUGUUAUGCACCCUUCUUAAGAUUAGAGCGAUUUUGUUGCUCAAACGGGGGGGGGGGGGGGGGGGGGG